GGAGUGGGCUCAGUUGGCCGCACUGGUGACGUAUGGACGUGCGCGCCAGGGGAGCGUGCGUAAGGCGGAGGGACGGCGGGCAGUGAGAAGCGGCCUGGGGUACCUCCCGCUCCUGCCGCGGACGCCACGGGCUAAGGCGACGCCGGGCCGCGGACCAUCCCGGGCUUCUCUGCAACGCGGUCUCAGACGCACGGGACGGCUGAGAGGACUGAGCGCCACCACGUGUGCAGAGCGCAUGCGCCUGGCCUCAGGCGGGCGCGAAAUCAGUGGCGGAAGUUAGUCAAAAAGUUGAAAACGACCUCACCUGCCCAACACUGCCUUGACUCAAGGUAGAUGUGAUCAGCACUGGAAAAAGAUGCCAGCCCCAGCCACCACAUAUGAAAGAAUUGUUUACAAAAAUCCCUCUGAAUACCACUACAUGAAAGUCCGCCUAGAAUUUCAAGAUUGUGGGGUUGGCCUGAAUGCUGCGCAAUUCAAACAGCUGCUUGUUUCAGCCCUGAAGGACCUGUUUGGUGAGGUUGAUGCUGCCUUACCUUUGGACGUUCUAACCUAUGAAGAGAAGACCCUGUCAGCCAUCCUGAGGAUAUGCAGCAGUGGUCUUGUCAAAUUGUGGAGCUCUCUGACCCUGUUAGGAUCCUAUAAAGGCAAGAACUGUGCUUUCAGAGUGAUUCAGGUUUCUCCAUUUCUCCUUGCAUUAUCUGGCAAUAGUAGGGAACUAGUAUUGAAUUGAGUAAUCUUCAAUUUGAGAAAAUAUUCCUCACUCUCAAAAGUACUUUUUGGUGCCAGCAUAAUGCUUGGAGACUGAAGCAGCC